AUGGAUAAACGAAGGCCGCGCCAGACAAAGAUAAAGGUAGAACUAGAGAAAGAAACACAAAUUCUGAACGACCACAUCCAGCGCGCACGCAAGACGGCGCACUCGGAAUGGAAGUCAGCCAAGAAGGAUGCUGAGAACAGAGUUUUCAAAACCCAAUACCGUGUCGAGAGGGACAUCGCAGCUGAGGAACAGAGGAUAGAGCAGAUGAAGAGAGAGGCGGCGGAUAGUUUGUCGGAAAAGAGAACGAUGGUAGAAGAAUAUUUGAAGCAGCGGAGACACGAAUUGGAAGAGGAGUUGGAAAAGCAGGAGAGAGAUGAGGUUGAGAAGGCCUUGGAGGAGGACGGAAAGCUAGAGGUGCAGAGGAAGAAAGCAGAGGAUGAGGUGGACGAAGAAAAAAGGGUUGCCGACGAAUGGCUAAAGUCGGAGAAAAAGUUACUGCGUGGGCGCAUGCAAGAGGCGGAGCACAACGCGAGAGCCCAAUGGGAACAUCAAAUGGAAGCGGCGGUGAAAAAGGAGCGGGAGCACAAGAGGAGGAAGAGAGAGCAACAGAUGCUAGUCCAGCAGAGAGAGGCGGAGGAAGGGAUGAGGCAAAAAGAUUGGGAACAAAGUCAAAGAAGAAAGAUCAGGGAAAAGCAGCAACAGGCCAGGGAAGAGACGAGAUACCAAGACAGGAACUCAGAGCAGACCAGCGCGCGCAUUGUCAAGGCUUGGAUGCGAUACGAGGCCGACUGGAAGAGGAUCAAGGAGCGAGGCGAGCUAUCAUUUUCCGACAUACCAUGGCCGACGGUGCAGAAGCCUGACCACGCACUCGAUUUCACUCCGAGGGCGCUGCGCCAACUCCUACUAUCGCCAUACCACUCGGUCGGCGUGCCCAGCAGGGAUAGGUUACGUUCGGAGCUCAGACGAUGGCGUUCAACUGCCUUCACGGCCAGUAUCAUUCCCAUGGUGAUAGCAUCAGAUGAGUCGAAGGUGAAGCUUGGGGCAGAGUUCGUGGCGCAAACUUUGAACAAGUUGCUGGAGGGUGAGAGAGCGAGUGACGCCGGGAGGAGUUCGCGCGACGCGCAAAGGCCACUUGCCAGCACUACUUUCGUAAGUUACCUGUAG